AUGGCCGGCCGAUUCAACUGCACACAGUGUGCCAAGGCCUUCACGGCCAAGAGCACACUCAAUAGCCAUCUGGCGAGCGUUCACCGGGGCGAACGCUCAGUCUGCGGAGGCUGCCAAAAGCUCUUCACAGACAAGUCCAACUUCCGCAGGCACAGAAGAUCCUGCACCGGCAAUGCCAGCAUCAUUAGGUGCGCAUGGCACGGGUUCGGUUGCACCCACACAAGCAGUCGCGUCGACAACGUGAGGCGGCACAGCAAGUCGUGCACUCACAGGCCCGGUACGUGGGCCGGCGGGGUCCUAGGACCCGUUGCGGUCAAUCAAGGGGAACCCGCCCAGAACAACAACGUCCUGAACAACAGGCCACCACAGGUCGAUGGUCUGCAACACGCAGUCCAGUCGGCUCCUGCGCAAGGGCAAUCGCCGCAGGCGAUGCUCCCAGUAGAGGCCGCCCUGGCUCAAGGGCCUGUUGUCACGCCCCAGGUGGACGUGGACGCCUCGGAACCGGGCGAUCCCACCGACCCGGUGUGGUUUGCAGCCAACUACCCGCUGUUCGGCGGUUACUGGAAGCAAGAAGAGGAGCCGACAGCGGCGCCUCAAUCCCAUAUAAUCGUCAAUCGGCCCAACCGCACCCAACAGGUUGUCGUUGGCGGUGAGUGCCCCGCCAGGCACAACGGCCCGUUUACAUCAUACGGGCUAGGGAAACGUGCCUUCCUGCCAGUAAUUGAACAGCAGGACGACGAUGAUUCCACGCUGUCCUAG